AUGUCGAGUUCAAAAGCUUCGAGCGGAGCGCCUCUCCAGAAGAGGAUCCUUGUGCAAGGAGAGACUGGAAUUGGAAAAACUAGUUUCGUUAAGAAAAUGCUAGUGGAUUUGUCAAAUCUUGAUGAGGCAAAUCUGGAUGAAGAACAGAAAAAUGCGAUGAGGAGGUUUGACCUUGUUCUUGCUGUUGCUCUUAAAGAAGUCUCCCAGUGCCAGACUUUCACAGAAGUCUUACGUGGCUCUCGCCUUUUUUCGAGUGGCGACGACAAAUUCUUUAAUGAUCUCAACAGUUAUAUCAUUAAGAACCAAGAGAGAGUUCUGCUCGUGUUUGAUGGCUACGACGAGUAUCGCACUCGAAGCAAAGCAGAAGAACAGUAUGGCAGCAGAAGCGACUCGCCAGUUUCCCAAAUCUUUCACAGAAUUAUUCUGAGUGACUGUACUGUCAUGGUAACCACUCGAACAUCAAGAGCUGACGAGCUACGAGAACCAGCCGACAUUCAAGCAGAGGUCACCGGCUUCAAUUCAUCUGACAGGCACGAUUUUAUGACGAAAAUGUUGAAAAGCGAAACAGAAGCGGACGAGCUGUGGUGGUUCCUUUUGUGGAGGGGAAUGGCAGAUCUACUGAAGGUUCCGUUACUAAACCUUUUUUUUUGCUUGUUGUGGAGGGAAGAAAAGAACGAGCUGGAGAAUGGAACAAAAGGUAAAACUAAGUUGUAUCAAGCAAUUGUCAGAUUCAUUUUACAGCACAGUCACAGAAAGCAUUCUCCCACCCAGGCCUCUAUGACAAAAGAAGAGAGUUACGAAGAUAUUUUGGCCGAAAUUGGAAAAGUAGCUUUGGAAGGCCUACUGAGGGGUGAUCUGGUGUUUGAGUAUGAUAAAUUGUCUGCGGCAGUUCGUGGAGAGAGAAGUGUCUUAGCUGGUCUUCUUCAGGUAUCUGAGUGCGGACCGAGUGUUGAACCAAAAGGGAGGGUGUCAUUUAUUCACAAGAGCAUGCAGGAGUAUUUAGCAGCCUGGUUCAUCACCAACAGAUGUGUGUCUAAGGGAAACCUCGGAGGAAUGGAAGAACAUGCCGGCACCUUGAAGAAAUGUGAAGAGUUGGAGAAUGUUGAAAACUGUAAAAGGUCGUUCAUAGAAGUUUUCGGUUGCGGAGAUGUAGUUGUAAAGGUAACUGAGAGUGCUACUCCUAUCACGUUAAGAGACUUUAUUACGGAGUAUUUUGAGGUAUCUCAGUGUGGCUGCAGUUUCGAAUCCAUCCUUGGUCUUCACAAUGGACGGUUUCAGUUUUACGUGACAGAGAUAACACUGAGUUGUGAUCACCAUGCUAAACUAUUUACUGGACGUACAGCAUCUUGUGCUCAAUCUCGCUCAAGGGACUGGUCUUCGGAACAAUCAUGUUUAAAAUUCUUAAAUGUUUUAGAAUGUGAUAUUCUGAGUAGAGACAAGAGUUUUCAAUUGUUUGAUAAGUUCUGUGAUCUGCUGCAAUCUGUACCAAACCCGAACAGGUGCCUGUUAAAAGUUGGUCGUUCAAGAAGAGACGACGAAGAUAGAUUUGAAUUUGAGUAUGCAGAGUAUCGACUGACAACUGCUGAAGCAGAGAAGCUUGUCCGGGCACUUCCGCCAUUUACCAGGAUCGAAAGAGUUGCACUAAGCGUCAGAAAUUGCUCUGCGGCAGCAGCGGAGACACUGGUUACUAGUGUCAUUCGCAAAACUGUUAAGGAACUAGACCUGCAUGGAAUAACUCUGACUUCAGCAGUAGCUGCGGCGCUCAAUCGGUCGCUUCCUCAAAUGUCGUCAUUGGAAGAACUUUAUUUAACUGAAAUGGAUGUUAGCAAUUUGCAGGCAGAGGAAGAUGAGAAGGAUGUUGUCAACAUGGAUGUUGGGUUAAUGGAGGCACUGUUUGGUGGAUUCGAAAAAGCAUCACCUGUACGGGAAUUUAUAUUCAGUGGUUUCAGCGUAAGAGGUUGUCUUGCUCCUUUCACCAAAAGCUUGCGUUUCUUUCCCGAUUUGGACGGGUUAUCGCUCACAAAGUUAAAUUUGGAUGAACAAGACUUGAAAGGUCUGCUCGAGAGCUUUGAAUUCAUCCCUCGUCUUUCGUACCUAGACCUGUCAUGCAAUCCAUUAGGUGACCCAGUGAGAUCUAUCGUGCCAUACGUCAUCAAUUUGUCCCACCUGCAAUUUUUACUCAUCCAAGAAACAUCAUCUGAUGAAGUUGUGAAUUACCUUACAGACGCAAUUCGACAUGCAAGACCUGACGUUUUGGUUUAGCAACACAAGUUUACGUUCGAGUCAAAGCUCAACACAAGCACGACUUAGGAUUCAAGCUUAAGUGACGCACUGUUCUUUCAGUUGAAUCAUUGUCAGAACUGAAUGCUUUCGAAAGACAAAUAUACUCUCCGGUGUUACACUUUUGUAUUAUUCCAGCGGAUGAGAAUGAACACGAGAAAGCAGCUCUAUAAAUUUUCUUUAUGAGCUUUGAAUGGAGCUAAUAUAUAUCUAAGAACUU